AUGGAAACGGACUACGUUGGGAUCGAUCAGCAUGGACAAGCAUACGUGAACUGCACAUACAAUAUGGAUGGUGUGAUUGGAGUGCGAAAGUGUUCGAUGCCGGCAUCGGAUGCCGCUUUUGACAUGGGACUGGCCUGCUUCGCCUUAUGGAAUGCGGAGGGCGAAAUGAUCGCUCAGGACUGUUGGAUUCAUCAAGAGGUGAGAAUUGAGCAGAAAUGA